AUUCCCCGCGUGCUUUUAUACAAACUUCAAUUCUGUUCAGUGUUCAGAAAAAACAAUCGACACUCAUUACACACACUAGAAAAUGAGUGUAACAGUGUAUGGCUGAGCUACUUCUGAACAAUAAUUCAUUAUUUGCGGCAGAAUAAAAAAAAAUGAAGGCUUCAGCUUUACGAAUUUCACAUUCAAGCCCGAUUUCCAGCAUCUCACAUUUAACCAAUUUCAAUCGUAAUUUGAUCUGGAAAUGGAAAUCUCCAUUCAAGAAUUCACUGCCGUUCGCACAUUCUUCACGCAGGUGCUUCUUGGUAAUGAAUGUGGCUAGCGAGAAACCAACCAAGGUUGCUCCUGUUGAAGAAGAACAAGGAGUUGAGUUAGAUGCUCUUAAGCCUGAUUCUUCAUCAGUUGCAUCGAGCAUCAAAUAUCAUGCAAAAGCGUAUUACGCAACUGCAGAGAGUGUUCGUGAUAUGCUCAUUACAAAUUGGAACGCGACUUAUGACUAUUAUGAAAAGAUGAACGUGAAGCAGGCAUAUUAUUUGUCCAUGGAAUUUCUUCAGGGCCGGGCAUUGUUAAAUGCAAUUGGUAAUUUGGAACUGACAGGUGAGUAUGAAGAGGCACUGAGAAAGCUGGGGCACAAUUUAGAAGGUGUUGCCAGUCAGGAACCUGAUGCAGCUUUAGGAAAUGGAGGAUUAGGACGGCUGGCUUCUUGCUUUCUCGACUCCAUGGCAACACUGAACUACCCAGCUUGGGGCUAUGGACUGAGAUACAGAUAUGGUCUAUUCAAGCAGCUCAUCACAAAAGAUGGUCAAGAAGAAGUUGCUGAAAAUUGGCUGGAGAUGGGCAAUCCAUGGGAAAUAGUUCGAAAUGAUAUCUCAUAUCCUGUAAAAUUUUACGGAGAAGUCGUUGAAGGUCCUGAUGGAAAGAAAGAAUGGAUUGGAGGUGAAGAUAUUAUUGCGGUUGCCUAUGAUGUCCCAAUACCAGGAUACAGAACUAAAACCACCAUCAACCUUCGGCUGUGGUCGACCAAAGUUGCAGCCGAAGUUUUUGAUUUAAAAGCUUUUAAUUCUGGGCAGCAUGCAAAAGCAUAUGAAGCCAUGAAACAGGCUGAAAAGAUUUGCUAUGUUUUAUACCCAGGGGACGAAUCAAAUGAAGGAAAGACACUUAGACUUAAGCAACAAUACAUAUUAUGCUCGGCUUCUCUUCAGGACAUCAUAGAAAGAUUUGAAAGACGGUCAGGAAAGUCAUUAAACUGGCAAAAAUUCCCAGAAAAAGUCGCUGUACAAAUGAAUGAUACUCAUCCGACUCUUUGUAUACCUGAAUUGAUAAGAAUAUUAAUAGAUGUGAAGGGUCUGAGCUGGAAAGAAGCAUGGGGUAUUACUCAAAGAACUGUGGCAUACACCAACCACACAGUUCUACCUGAGGCUCUUGAGAAAUGGAGUAUGAAUCUUCUCCAAGAACUUCUGCCAAGGCAUGUUGAGAUCAUAAAAAUGAUCGAUGAAGAGCUAAUCAAUACUAUUAUUGAAGAAUAUGGUUCGGAGGACCUGGAGUUGCUGAGGGAGAAAGUGAAGCAGAUGAGAAUUUUGGAUAACGUCGAACUACCUUCAGCUGUAAUAGAUUUUCUUGUUAAGUCCCAAGAAAAUCUUCUCAACAAUUCUGUCGAAGAAGAAAAAAAAGAAGAAGAUGAAAAAGAUUCUGAAACUGAGAAAAAGAUAGAACCUACAGACAAAGUAAAGAAUUCUAAUGGUGAUGAUGUUAAGGAAACUAAAGUACCAAAGGUAGAGGAUGCCAAAAUGAACGUUAAGUUGGUGUUUCAACCUGAUCUGAAACAGCCGAAAUUGGUCCGCAUGGCUAAUUUAUGUGUUGUAGGAGGACAUGCUGUCAAUGGAGUUGCACAAAUUCAUAGCGAUAUCGUUAAGAAAGAAGUUUUCAAUGAAUUUUACAAGUUGUGGCCCGAGAAGUUUCAGAACAAAACAAACGGUGUGACGCCUAGAAGAUGGAUCGGAUUCUGUAAUCCAGAACUCAGUAAAAUCAUAACCAAGUGGACAGGAUCAGUAGACUGGUUGAUAAAUACUGAGAAGUUAGCAGAAUUACGAAAGUUUGCUGAUAAUGAAGAACUCCAAUCUGAAUGGAGGGAGGCAAAGAUGAACAAUAAGAAGAAACUUGUGUCUUUUCUUAAGGAGAAAACAGGUUAUGUUGUCAGCCCAGACGCACUGUUUGAUGUGCAGAUAAAGCGUAUCCACGAAUACAAGCGGCAGUUGCUGAAUAUCCUGGGAAUCGUAUAUCGUUACAAGAAGAUGAAAGAAAUGAGUCCUGAUGAGAGGAAACAUAAGUUCGUGCCCAGAGUUUGCGUAUUUGGAGGGAAAGCAUUUGCCACGUACAUCCAAGCUAAGAGAAUCGUGAAAUUUAUUACAGAUGUUGGAGCCACAAUAAAUCAUGAUCCUGAGAUAGGUGACCUUCUCAAGGUUGUCUUUGUCCCAGAUUACAAUGUCAGUGUUGCAGAAGUGCUUAUUCCUGGGAGUGAGUUGUCUCAACAUAUCAGUACUGCUGGAAUGGAGGCAAGUGGUACCAGCAACAUGAAAUUCGCAAUGAAUGGCUGCCUACUAGUAGGAACCUUAGAUGGUGCUAAUGUAGAAAUCAGGGAAGAAGUUGGAGAAGACAACUUUUUUCUCUUUGGUGCACGUGCCGAUGAAAUCACUGGCCUUCGCAAAGAAAGAGCAGAGGGACAGUUUGUGCCUGACCCAAGAUUUGAAGAAGUAAAAGCAUUUGUGAGAGGUGGUGUGUUUGGACCGUACAAUUAUGACGAGCUUAUGGGAUCCUUGGAAGGAAAUGAAGGCUAUGGCCGAGCAGAUUAUUUUCUUGUUGGCAAGGACUUUCCUAGCUACAUAGAGUGCCAACAGAAAGUGGAUGAGGCUUAUAGGGAUCAAAAGAAUUGGACGAAGAUGUCGAUUUUAAACACGGCAGGUUCUUUCAAGUUUAGCAGCGACCGGACAAUCCAUCAAUAUGCCAGAGAUAUAUGGAUGAUUGAGCCUGUGAUUUUGCCAUGAAACAAUAUUGUAGCUUAAAUUAUAAUAUAAAAUAAAAAUGUGAAUCCCCAUUUGUAGAAGGUAGUCGAAUAUGAUGGUAGUUAAGCUUGUUUGAAGCAUUAUGAAGCUUCAAGUUGCACUUGAGUUAGGUUUCCCAAUCAUGCUGAAUGGGCUUGGUGUUGCAAGUGGUCUGGCAGCGUUAAUUCACGCAGUAUAUAUUCGAUAUAUGUUCCAUCAAAAAAUUAUAUCUUCC